GCUUCUGCUGCUGCUGUCAUAACAAAAACGCAUCAUUGGAAUGUGUGCCGCGCUUGCACGUUGAUAAAGAGAUUUGGAAAAUGCGUAGCGGCUGUAAAAGCGGGUUGUAAUUGAUGCUAUCACCGUUUGUUAGCUGCGUAUAGCCGUCGUUUUCGUCCAAGCCGUGUUUUAAGUUUGUGUUUCAGUUGGUGGAAUUUUCCUUCCGGGGAUCGGGGUGUUUUCAAUUUGCAGGAGGAAUUUCCAUUCGCCCUACUUCCGUGAUUCAAGCGAUAGUGAAGACGACGCAGAAAUUGAUGUGGAUCAGUUAGACGCAACGCACUUUCUGACUGCCCGCACCGAAGAACUUUUAGGUUUGAUCGAGUACGUAUCGGAAACGGAGGAAGGAUUUGUCGGUGUGCCCGAAUCGCCCGCCAUGGAUGAUACGGAUAGUGAUGAUACGUACGACGAGGAGGACGACAGUCAAAUGUCCGACACAAGCUCGGGUUCCGAUUUGGCCAGCGGUAACAAGGAUGACCUAGCGAAAAAGACAACUGGUGAUAACAGCACAUCAGAUUCGGAUUCCGAUACAGAGGCAGCAACCAGCAACAAGGAGGAUGGAACGAAAAAGGGACCCGACGGUGAAAGCACAUCCGAGGCUGGCCCAUCCCAUCGGGUGAUUGACGAUUACGAUGAAGAGAUGGAGGAUGAUGACGUGAUAAAAGCGAUCAUUACGGAAAUUAAGAAACCACGCUCGAAACCGGCCGACAUUCAGACGGAAGAUUUUGUGGUGGAUCUUUCGUUCCAUCCGUGUGAAGACAUUCUUGCCGUUGGCACGUCCGUGGGCGAUGUGCUGAUGUACAAGUAUUCGAACGAGCAAAACGUCCUAUCGGCAACACACGAACUGCACACGAAAGCGGUCCGUUGUUUGGAGUUUUCCCGCGAUGGUUUAUCCAUCAUUUCCACCGGCCGGGAACGUUCGAUUGUGGUAGCGGAUACGGAAACUGGGAAAUUUAAACGGGUCUGGGAAGGAGCACACAGUGAACCGGUGUACUCGAUGGCGGUGCUUGGGGAGCAUCUGUUUGCGACGGGCGAUGACGAUGGUGAGGUGAAGCUGUGGGAUCUGCGGCAGAAAGAUGCGGUGUUUGGAUUGCGACCGGUGGAGGACUUUGUCUCGUGCAUCCUGUCGAACGGCCAGCAACAGAAGUAUUUGCUGAUGACGAGUGGCGAUGGUCUGCUGACGACGAUUAACAUUGCUCAACGUAAAAUGUUCGUCCAAUCAGAACCGUACGAAGAGGAGCUCAACUGCAUGGGAACAUUCAAGCGCGAAAGCAAGCUUGUGGUCGGUACAUCCAAGGGCAACUACUACACCUUCAACUGGGGCCAGUUUGCGUACCACUGCGAUGCGUUUACCGGACCGAAAGCGAGCGCAAACCGUAUGGUACCGAUCACGGAACAGAUUGCCGUCAUGGCCGGUGAGGAUGGCAUUAUCCGGGCGAUGCAUCUAGUGCCGGGCCGUGUGCUCGGUAUCGUGGGCCAACAUUCGAUGGCGAUCGAUACGAUGGACAUCAGUGGGAGUGGUGAGCUAAUUGCGACCAGCUCGCACGACAACGAUGUACGCUUCUGGAACAUUAAAUACUUCGAAGACUUUGACGGUAUCAAGUACAACAGCAAACCGGACAAGCGGACGCUGAAGCAUAACCUUCCCUCAUCGCAGCGCGUCAAUGCGAAGGAUUUCUUUGCAGGGUUGAACGAGUAAGAGGAGCUUCUUUUCGGUAAGGCGAGCGUAUCCGCUGAACGGCGGGUAGAAUUGUUAUUUUAAAAUUAUAAGCCGAUCUUGUCUUGGUGAAGUCGAGUGUAGCACGUUGCCUAAACCCGAUUGGUGAACAAGGCCUACAAGACAGAUUUAUUGCGUAUUGUGAGGAUUGUUAGGGCGGUCGCGUAGCACGGCACUAUUGUAACGCUUCACAAGCCUGUCUUUAUCAAUAUAAUUGUGUAGUUUCUUCGAGAAAUAAAAUAAAAUGUAUUUUAAUUUCAA